CGCGUUCAGUCCGAGUGGCGGGAACAGAGAGAGGAAGACUGAAGGAAACUCUCUGAAGAGAUAAAAACAAAACGAAAGAUAAAUAAUCAGACUGAGAAAGUGACACAUCUUCUUUUUCUUCUUCUCUGGUUUUUGCUCUCCAUGGCGGGCUCCUCUACCACCCCUCUGUCCCGGACCUCCACCCCUCCCACCGACCCCCUCUUCCACUCAGACCCGCCUUACAGCGCUCCCAACCUGGCCGGCUCCCCGCGCCUCCCCGCCGCCCGCCUGUCCGGAGCCUUCGUGAGCGGCAGAGUCCCGCUCGGUGUGAACGGGACGAGCGGCGGCGGUGGAGGCGGCGGAGCGGCUGGCCCGCACACCGAGUGUAAGAUGGUAGAGGUCCACGGCGUGAAGGUGGCGUCGUUCACGGUGAGCGGCGUGGAGCUCAUCUGCCUGCCUCAGGUGUUCGAGCUGUUCCUGAAGCACCUGGUGGGCGGCCUGCACACCGUAUACACCAAGCUGAAGCGGCUCGACAUCUGCCCGGUGGUCUGCACCGUGGAGCAGGUGCGCGUCCUGCGUGGGCUCGGAGCUAUCCAGCCCGGAGUGAACCGCUGCAAGCUUAUCACCAGGGCCGACUUCGAGACGCUGUACCGGGACUGCACCAACGCCAGUUCUCGCCCCGGUCGUCCUCCGAAGAGGACGCUGGGCGUGGCCACAAUGACUGACGGCUCCAGACUCCUUCCACAUGGUCUGAUAAGCCCCGCCCUGCUGUCACAAACAGGUCUGACGGCGGCAGCGAUGGCUGAGGCUCUGAAGCUGCAGAAAGUGAGGAUGAUGAUGGGUUUCCAUGGCAACAACGAUCAUCAGCGACAUCACAAUGGGGUGGAGUCAGAGAACGGCGACACACUAGGAGGCAGUGAAGCAUCAUGGGAGAAGGAGCAGCACCUCCUCUCUCCUCCUCCGUCUUCGGUGGCGCCGCCUCCUGAUUCAGCAUCGCUUCACCUCAACACUCUGCAGCAACACGGCGCACUAUUGGCCAACCGUCUGUCUGACCUUCCUUUUAUGGUCAUGCCCCACCACCUCCUCCCUGUGGGCCUGCCCCCUGCCAGUGUUGCCAUGGCGAUGAACCAAAUGAGUCAGCUGAGUGGUUUCGCAAACUUGGCCGCCAUGUCCCAGUUUCAGAGAGAAGAAACCAAAUUGACUGAUACUCCCCCAGGAAGCCCCUUCGCAUGCCCCUCCCCCAGUGAUGACGAGCUCCUUCCCCUGGAACCAACCAGCCAAUCACCUUCCAAGGCAUCUUCAUCCUCCUCAUCAUCACCUCUUCCUGCAGCACACACACCAGAGCUAGACAGGGAGCCUGCAGAGAACAACAUGGCGGAGAUGUUGAAGGAAAAAGAUGGAGCUCUGUUGCCCUUCCCCCUUAUCAAAACGGCUUGUGAGAAGCUUCCAUUCACCUCUCAGUCACUGUCAAUCAACCAUGCAAACCCCGCCCUCACUCCAUUCCUAUUGGCUGAGGGCCUGUCGUCCAUGGAGACACUGCUGACCAACAUUCAGGGUCUCCUGAAGGUGGCAGUGCAGAGCGCUCGCUCUCAAGACAAACAGAACCAGACGGAAAGAAAGGAGUUAAAACUGGAGCUGGAGAGAGAGAGGGGCGUUCGACAGACUCUACAGAGACGGCUGAGCUCCGAGCUACAGACACGAGCUUCCAUCCAGAGGAGGCUGAAGAAGGAGAAGAAGGCCAAGAGGAGACUGCAGGAGGCGCUAGACUUUGAGUCGAGGAGGAGGGAGCAGGUGGAGAGAGUGCUGCAUCACUCCGACCCCCUCACAGACGCAGAACUUCCUGAGAACGAGCCGGAAAACAGACCAGAGAACUCGACAGCUCAGGAGAAGCGACCAUUCAUCAAACCUCCGAUCCUCUUCUGAGACAUCACAGCUGUCAGGAGGAGCGAGGGAGGAGGAGGAAGGAAGGAACCUAGGAGAAGGAGGGAGGAGAACAAGGGGAGGAGGAGGACAAAGGAAGGAGGAGGAACAUGGAUUGAGGGAGGAGGACGGAGGGAGGAGGAGGACCAAGGGAGGAGG